GAAUGCAUUAUAGUUCAGUUACAAAAGUUAACAGGUUUUCUUUUGUAUUAACAGUAAAGCACUGUUUUUAGCAAUAAAAGGUUAAUACUGUUGAAAUCCUGCUGUAAUUUAACAGCAAUUGUUUAGAGUGUGACGUCACAUCAGUUUAACCGCUAUGCUCGCGUCUUGAUUGCUUGUAUUGAAGCCUUCCAGCAUCACUUUGGACUCCAGCUUCUUCUUCUCUCCAGCAUGAGGAGAGCUGUGCUCAAAGAAGCAGCCAAACGCUUCCCCUGGCUGGCCAAUGUCACUCUGUACGGCUGCUUGUUCGCAGGCGGUGACCUCGUCCAUCAGCUCAUCGCUCAGAAGGAGCGCAUGGACUGGAAACACACUCGCAACGUCGCCAUUGUGGCAAUCAGUUUCCAUGGAAACUUCAACUACUUCUGGCUGCGAGCCCUGGAGAGGCGGUUCCCUGGGAAGUCCGCCGGGAUGGUUUUCCGCAAACUCCUGCUGGACCAAAGCUUCGCGUCGCCUUUGGCCACCAGUGUCUUCUACACGGGGGUGAGCUUCCUGGAGGGUAAGGAGGACAUCUUUGAAGACUGGAGAGAGAAGUUCUUCAACACCUGGAAGACUGGACUCAUGUACUGGCCAUUCAUGCAGUUUCUGAACUUUGUCCUGAUGCCGUUGUACAUGCGGACGGCCUUCAUGGGCUGCUGCGCCUUCCUCUGGGCCACCUUCUUGUGCUUCUCCCGGCACAGCGGUGAUGGCACCGCCGGCGUGGCUCUGGCCUUCGUCAUGGACCCCCGGAAGACCCUGGAGGAGAUGCGUGAGGCCCGGCUCGAGCGGAAAAGGCAAAAGAUCCAGAGGGAAAACUGAAGAGGAGGAGGAGGUGGAGGUGGAGGUAGAGGAGGAGGGUGAUGAUGAUGCUUCUGUCUUUCAGGAGAAAAAGUCACGGGGUCAUUGAAAUCAAAUGGGUUCAGCAUGAAGGUUCUCAAUACGAGUACAGCGAGAUACUGUAGAUCUGGAUAUUCAUUAUGUGGAGAUUUUGUCCUAACAGAGGCUCCUGAGUGAAGAGUAUAGGGCUCUCUGAAAUGGUCCUUCUCGGGGAAUCAUUGGAGACAUUUUGCUCCGGACUAAAGUGAUGGAUGGAACGAACAACACUAAAAUGGUUAAAUUCAUUUACAGGAUGUAAGGUCUGAAAGCUCAUAUUGUUUACAGUUGGAGUGAUGAAUAAAUGAUGAUAUGCCUCCAAACCACAAAGGUUUCAGUUGAAACGUGGUUGGACUUCAGAUCUGCUGUGAUGGAGAACCGUUUGGUUGUUGUUGGUUUGAUGUGAGCCCACAGAUCAGUGAAGCUCCUCAGAUCAGAUUUAAGGAGGCUCCAUAUUUCUGCUUUACACUCGCUGUGCCUUCUCUCUCGGUGACUCGACUGACCGCAGGUCUGCGAGCAUGCAGUGUUUGGCUGACUGGUGAUAGUCAUUGGAAAUAAUCAAUACAAUGCAAUAUGUAUAUAUGUUUUUGUGUGUGUACAAUUUUAAAUAUAGUUUAUUUUGGGAUGCA